AUGAGCACCAACAACGUCUUUGGAGCAAUAUGCCUGGGCAGACCCAUCAUUUUGGCCCAGCAAGUCGACACAACCAAAUAUAUGAUAUCGAUACCCAACGCGUCGAAAGUGCACUACGUUACCAUAUUCCUAUUGCCCAAUUCGCCCUUUGUUGAUCCCAACUUGACGGCAUUGGUUUAUUUCCAAACACCCAGCUCGCCGGCGCAGUUACAACAACAACAACCACAACAACUGCUGCUGCCCGAGUUUCGGUUGUUGGGUGCACUCAACCCAGAGAAGCCAUCGGCUAUUUACAAGUUGAAUAACCUCGCGGCGGGCAGUGGCGCCUCGCAAGCUGCGAACCGCAGCAGCAACAGCAACGGAGGCAUGGAUUUAGACAUGGGCGAUGGCGAUGCGGCAGCAAAUGCAAAAAUUGAUCCUAACGAUCCCUUCACUAUCAACAUCGGCAUCUCGAUUGAGCCUACGGCGCAAGCAGAGCAAACAAUUGCCCAGGCCAGAGCCGACCACACUGGGUUGGUUCUUGCGCGAAAUACGCCAGCCAGUGUGGCUGCAAAAGACCCCAACAGCACCGCGGUGUUGGCGAACAAGAUUGUGGGACACGCCUACAACUACUUGGCUAGUUUCAUUGACGCGCUGGGGAAAGUUCCCAUCAAGGCGUUUGACAACUGGUGGGAGAAGUUCAAGACCAAGUUGCAAAACAACCCAAACUUUUUAAACGAGAUCCAGGAAUAA